UAGCCGGACACCGGGCGCUCCAGGCCGGGACCCUGCGCCCCGCACUGCCGCCUCGCGCCCGUCCACCCGCCGGCAACAUGGACAGGCUGAGCGUGCUGGACCAGCUCCUCCCGGAGCUCAGCUUGCUGCUCAAGUUGCUGGAUCAUGAGUACCUGAGCGCUACCACCAUGGAGAAGAAACUGGCCGUCUCCACUAUCCUGCAGAAGCUGCAGCCCCCUGCAGGGAAGCCUCUGGACUACAUGUACGUGAACACAGCAGCCCUGCAGAACAGCACCAGCUUUGUGGAGUCCCUCUUUGAAGAGUUUGACUGUGACCUGCGAGAUCUCCAGGAUAUGCAGGAGGAUGAUGGGGACACCAGCGAGGGCAUUGGCUUGGAGCUUACAAGGAGCCAUCCAUCUAAAAACGCUCCCAGGGACCCUCCUCCACCACUUCCCACAACCCCCCCACCUGAAGAUUACUACGAGGAGGCCCUGCCUCUGGGCCCAGGCAAGGCCCCUGAGUACAUCACCUCCCGCAAUAGCUCCAGCCCCGCCAACUCAAUCGAGGAUGGCUACUAUGAGGACGCAGACAGCAACUACCCUGUUACCAGGAUGAACGGGGAGCAGAAAAACUCCUACAAUGACUCUGAUGCGAUGAGCAGCUCCUAUGAGUCAUACGAUGAAGAGGAGGAGGAUGGGAAGGGCCAGCGGCUGACACACCAAUGGCCUUCAGAGGAAGCUUCUAUGAACCUGGUGAAGGACUGCAGGAUUUGUGCCUUCCUGUUGCGUAAGAAGCGCUUUGGGCAGUGGGCCAAGCAGCUGACAGUCAUCAAGGACAACAAACUCCUGUGCUACAAAAGCUCCAAGGACCGGCAGCCGCACCUGGAGGUGCCCCUGAGCGCCUGCAGCGUCAACUAUGUGCCCAAGGAUGGGCGCCGCAAGAAGCAUGAGCUGCGCUUCUCUCUGCCAGGGGCCGAGGCUCUGGUGCUGGCAGUGCAGAGCAAAGAGCAGGCUGAGGAAUGGCUGAAGGUGAUAAAGGAAGGGAGCAGUGCCAGUGGAGGAGGAACAGGUGUGACUGAAGCCCCUACAUCCCCUGUGCUACAUUGCAAGAUGGACCUUGACAAGAGUGUAUCACAAGACAAACAGACGUCUGACUCGGACAGCGUGGCAGCAGGAGAGAACUGCACCCCCGUGAGCCGAAGGGAGCACGGGAAAGGCAAGAAGAGUGGCUUGGCUGAACUGAAGGGCUCAGUGAGCCGGGCAGCCGGGAGGAAAAUCACCAGGAUCAUCAGCUUCUCCAAAAAGAAGCCAUCCUCUGAGGACACGCAGACGUCCUCCACUGAGGAGGACAUCCCCUGCUGUGGUUACCUGAAUGUCCUGGUUAACCAGUGCUGGAAGGAGCGUUGGUGUUGCUUGAAAGGCCACACCCUCUAUUUCCACAAGGACCGCUCCGACUUGCGGACGCACGUGAAUGCCAUCAUCCUGCGUGGCUGUGAGGUGGUGCCAGGCCUGGGCCCUAAACACCCGCUUGCUUUUCGCAUCCUUCGCAGUGGGCAGGAGGUUUCUGCCUUGGAGGCAAACUGCUCUGAAGAUCUGGGCCGCUGGCUUGGCCUCCUGCUGGUUGAGACUGGCUCCCAGAAAACCCCGGAGGCCCUGCACUAUGACUACGUGGAUGUAGAGACAAUAGCCAACAUAGUCACCGCUGUGAGACACUCCUAUCUGUGGGCCAGCGCCUCCCAUGAGAGCCAGGCUGACUCUUCCCGGGUGGUGUAUGAUGACGUCCCCUACGAGAAGGUGCAGGCAGAGGAGCCACCGCGGCCGUCGGGGGCCCAGGUGAAGCGGCAUGCCUCAUCCUGCAGUGAGUCGUCACGUCGCGUGGACCCGCAAGUCAAAGUCAAAAGACAUGCAUCAAAUGCCACCCAGUACAAGUAUGGGAAGAACCGGGCCGAGGAGGAUGCCAGGAUGUUCCUGACGGAGAAAGAGAAGCUGGAGAAGGAGAGGACUUCUAUCCGGAAUCAGCUGGUGACCCUGCGGAAGGAAAAGCGGGAACUCCGGGAGGCCAUGAAAAGCAGCACAGGGAGGAAGCUGAAGGAGCUGGAGGAGCAGGUGGUGGCCCUGGAGGAGCAGUGCAAAGGGAAGGAGGAGCAGCGCGUGGACCUAGAGCUCAAGCUGACGGAGGUGAAGGACCGGCUGAAACAGUCGCUAGCAGGAGGGCCAGCUCUGGGGCUCACCGUGACCAGCAAAGCUGAAAAUGGGGAGACUGGAAAUAAGCCGAAUGGGAACCCCAUGGAGCACUUGGUCCCGGUGAACUGUGCAGCGGAAAUGAGGAAGAGGAGCCCCUCCAUCCUCCCUGCCAACAAGGGGAAAGUGCUGCAGAAGGCCAAGGUACAGCUCUGACCUCCCAGCCUGGCAGCAUCUUCCUCAACUUUGCCAGAGUGGGAGAUGAAGCAAACCUAACUGGGGCAGCCAGGCCUCACCUGCAGCUAACAGACUCGGGCCUUGGGACACACUGAAGAGCCGCAAGCCCCUUUUCCCCAGGGAGAGUGGAAGAGGAUUCUGGCAAGCAUGGAUCUCCAGCAGGGGGAUGGGGGCAUGGGGAAAGCACCCACCUUCCAAUGGUGGGGACGUUUGGCAAUCAGACAGGAUUGGGUGUUGGGGAGGGAUAUUUGGGAAUGGGCGGGAAUCUUUCAGGAGUAAGGCUCCCAUGCAGCUGGAAUGCCCAGCUCUGGGGAGGAGCACUCCACCAGGACUGGGACAUUGGCCAUCCCCAUUGAUGCAUUUUGCUCUUGGUAACUAACAGAAACAUGGGGGAGCAUGAGCUAGGGGAGUGUGCAGGUAACUCAGAGUCAGAGCGCCUGGCUUCUAUUCUUAAUGGCACCACAGGUGGUCUGUGACUAGAUUGUGCUUUACCUCCUGCAGCUCAGUUUCCUCCCUCGGUCAAAUGUGGGUCAGUAUGAUCUGGUCUCCAGUGAGGGGUGGUGUCAGCUUUCAUUAGAGGCAUUACAUUGAAGUGAUGCUAUUGACAUGAGAUUUUACUGGAUCAGGCCAUUGGCGUAGUUAGUCCACUAUCCCCAACCAGAGCAGAGAUUGUGUGGAGCUAGCCAAGUCUCCUCCCUCUGCAGUAGCCAAGCCCAGAGGCCCUAGGAGGAGACCAUGUGACCAUGGUGCUUUCUUGUUUAUUGUUUGUUAGAUCUCUGACCCUUAGAGCAUCUGACUUAGUGGGUGGGCUUUGCCCUAUUGCAGUCUCUUCUGUCACACUGCAGUUGUCCUUUUUGUAUUUUUUUUUAUAUACAUCAGGUAAAUUCAGCACAACGGGGGAAGAGAGAGGCUGGGAAGCUAUACUUUUUAAAGUGGCCACUGAUUUUGGAUGCUUCAGUGUUGGGGUUCAUGAGUCACCCUGGGCUUAAUUCUCAGAGCUACUGCUCCCCCCAGUCUCUCCUGACCGCAUAUGGAGUGUUGUGCGCUCAGCACCUCUGAGCAGUGGGGGGCCAGGUUGUCUCAAGUUUGUUGCUUCUGGCUCAACUGUUUUAUCUAAUUCUAGUCUCCUUCCUGCCGGAAAUGGCUGUGCUGCAGGGCAACGCUGCCCAGUGCAGGGCAAGGGCUGACGGCCUUUGGAGAACGAAUGCUGCGGAAGUUCUGCUGCUAACAUCUGAAAGCACCCACAUUGGGCCUGGCUCAGCAUCUUGGGGCAGGGGGAUGGUGUAGGGAGCCGCCACCUCAAAGCACUGUCAAAUGGUGAGCUGUGGAUGGGGGAGAUAAGGGUAUUGCCUGAAAUAAUGGCACAUCCUCAACACUGUAUGCAGGGCAGGACACCUCCAUUUCAGCGACAGCCGCUGGAAGAUGAGAAGGACCAGGGAAGGGGGCAAGAACAGAGGAAACGAUUUCAGCCAAUGUAGUCUGGAGAAGAGUAAGCAAAGCCAGGAAGCCUGGGGCAUAGAGGGAAAGCACAAGGCACUCCUCUUUGUUCCUGGACUGCACCAAAGGGUAAUGUGCCAGUAAGCUUUUAGUACAACAGAACCUGUGGAACUCACUGCCUUAGGGUAUUUGUAUGAUAACUAGCUAAGCAACCAUUAAUAAAAAUAGCAACUGCAGGUAAAUGAGCUGGGCUCAAAACCAUCUGUGUUCCUGCCUGCUGAGCUGUUUGAUAGUUGUAAAUCCCCCACCCCCAGCUGAUGUCCAUACUAAAGAAAUACUGCUUCCGCUCCUCCCCCCAUGUACCACUUGUUCUUCAUCCAAUUUGAAUGCACCCUGCAUCCACAUACACAGGAGCUCAAGCUGGUUUACAGUCAGGCUAAGUACGGUUCAGCGUAGAUUAUGCUGCAGCAGUGUUGAUAUUGAAUCAAUCUCCCUCUUGCUAGUCUCAGUUGUCUUAAAGUCAAACCAGAGUAUUGCAGGGGUAGGUGCCUGAGUGGAAUUUUUCACUCCUUUGGAUGCAGUCAGCAUCAGUGAACAGAAGAGAAUGAUGCACUUGGAUAAUCCUGUGCUCCUUCAUAAAAGUCCAGUUUUGCAGAGACUCCCCAUCCCCUUCCCCUGACAGCAACCUUGACCUGGGUAGUCUCCAAGCCAUGGUGGGAUGCUGUGGGUGAGGCUGCUAAGGAGCACUUCUGAUCUCACAGCCCUGGCCAUGCCCAAGCCUAUGCUGUGAUUUGGUGCUAUUUGAUUGUUGCCUCUCCACAGUUUGGUUGAAGGCUGGGUCUUGUCUCCAAAGAUGUAGGAAGAAGGGGAACUGGAUGCUUCUGUUCCUUGAAACGCUGUCACCCUCCCAGCACCCACAGCUGCUCCUGCCAUAUGCUAGAGCAUGUCUCAGCAUGUCCCUGCACUGCAGACUGCUCCCUUUGACUCCUUCAGUGCUGUGUGGUCUUCCUGGCUCAAGGCAGGUGUCACUUCACGAUAUGCAGCCAUCUUCAUCUCCCCCAAGCUCCACUAAGAUGACAAGGCAUGGAAUUGAAGCAGGGGCUCCAAGUUGGUUUUAGGGGAUAGAUGCCCACCAGUGUGCUGCAAGUUAUCUUUGGAUAGCCUACAGUCAAACACCUUAGGCCAAAGGCAUCCCUGCGGUAACUGUAUGUUUUGCACUCAAGCUGCACUAAGGUCAUUCUAGUGCACUCUAGAACAAUUCCUUCUCCAGUCCUAGCUAAAGGGGGACUUGUAGCUGGGACGGGCUGCAGGCUCAGCCCCAUAGGUUCCUCCAGGUUUCUCAUCUCUUAAUUUUUGAAUAGGCUAGAACUGCAUGAAAGUUGAACCUGUCAAAAUCAUGCUUCUGUCUCCUCAUAACCCUUUCCUUCAUGCUGGCUUCAUAAUCCCCAGAGGCAGAUGUGUCAUGCCACAGGCUCUGAUCUGUAAUACAGUAGUUGUACAAAGAGCAAACCAUCUGUUGGUGACAAGCCUGAAGAACAAAACCAAACAUCCCUGCUGUAUUGCAGUAGGGUUUUUCUCCUAUGACUCAGCCCAGCAGGGGCACAGGUGUGCUCCCUCACUAAUGAGCCAAGACCGCUGCUAUUUCCCAUAAAGAAACUAAGGCUUUCACUAUACGGUGCCUGCCCAGUGCCCUAUGAUUACAGGACUCAGUCGCUGGCUCUCAGCUCUGCUGCCUCAACCGAAGCUGGGAGGGGUAGGGAAACAAGCAGGAACCUGGAGACAGAAGCUUGGGCAUGGUCAUGCCUUGUAGGCAUCCCUUCUGCCUUGGCAGCACUGUGUCACUUGUGCCACCUGCUUUUGGAUAUGGGGGAUGGAAGGUGGCUGGCUCAGCAUGUUGUGCCCCAUGCUUCCUCUGUAAGAACCAUCUGCAUUUUAUGGUGCUGUGUUCUUUCCCCUAAUAAAGAGACUGCUGU